AUUACAGAGUCUGAAGAGAGAGAGAGCAGACAGAUCUCCAGUGAACUGUUUAAGAAGAGCAGGCAGAUCCCCAGUGAAAGAAUAAAGGGCAAGCAGAUCCUCAAGAGAGAGCACAUCUCCUUAUAAAAAGGACUUUUGAAAAGAAGCAGCAUCCAUGGGUCUUCUCUUUAGCACCCUCUACAAAGCCCUCAUGGGCUUCUCUGGCACCAAGGCUAAAAUCAUUAUGCUGGGACUGGAUGCAGCUGGCAAGACCACAGUCCUGUACAAGCUAAAGCUUAAUGAGACCGUCUGUACAAUCCCCACCAUUGGAUUCAACGUUGAGACAGUGGAGCCCAUCCGUAACGUGUCCUUUACUGUGUGGGAUGUGGGGGGUCAGGAGAGGAUCAGAGCACUUUGGAAGCACUAUUUUGUUAAUACAGAUGGCCUGGUCUUUGUUGUGGAUAGUGCUGACUGGGAGAGGUUCAAGGAAGCUAGUCUGGAGCUGGAAUCCAUUCUGGACAAUGAUGAAAUGAGAGGUGUCCCAUUUCUGGUGAUGGCCAAUAAGCAGGAUCUUCCUGGUGCCAGGAGACCAAUGGAGGUGGCAGAAGAAUUAGGCUUGAUGAAGAUACAAGGCCACCAGUGGCACGUGCAGGGCUGUUGUGCAGCUACUGGGGAUGGACUUGUGGAGGGCCUGGAAGUGCUCACAAACUUGGUCAAACAGUUCCAAAAGUCCAGGUCCUAAUGACCAAGCUUCAGCUGCUACCUUGUUUUGCAGAGGAUUGUAAGGUGGGGAGCCAUGUAAUGCAGGUAUUGGGUGGACUUUGUGUUACCUAUUCACUUAUAAUACCACAUAUAACACAUAUAAUGCACUACUAUAUUCACACUAUUAUUACAGUGCUAAGAUCAUGGCUGCUUAUUGUGCAUUUGGGGAGAGACAGUGGGACUGAUAAUGUAAUUAGACAGCAAUGAUAAAUGGGAGAGCAUCAACCAGACAAGCACAGAUGGACCCACAAUGACUUGAAUGCAUCAGGAUAAAAGCCACCCAAUAUUAUGCUUCUCUACUGAACAUUACUAUACACAGUGAUUUUAGAUGUUGUUGAACUACAAAUCUUGCCCUCUUCCAGAAGCCUUUGGAAGGCUACAGGGUGCCUGUGAUUAGAAGCGUUUUUUAUGUUAUCUCUAUCAAACAUGAAAUGUCUCUGGUUAUCAUUUCUGUGAUUGUAAUUGUAUAAAUAAAGUCAUAUUAAUGUUUUUCUAAUAAAAUGUACACUUAAAUAUUGCAGAAAACA